GCGGUUAGGUGUCAUCGUUUCAACAGGGAAGUUGAGAGCUUUGGUGGAAAGACUGAUUUGGGGUCAAAUAUCGUUCUUCAAUGGAGGAUAAGUCAGCUUUAAAAGAACUGGAUACCUGGAUUGAGCAGUUGAAUGAGUGUAAGCAGCUGUCAGAAAAUCAAGUCAAAACACUAUGUGAAAAGUCAAAAGAAAUAUUAGCAAAAGAAUCCAAUGUGCAAGAAGUGAAAUGUCCUGUUACUGUUUGUGGAGAUGUUCAUGGACAGUUCCAUGAUCUUAUGGAAUUGUUUCGUAUUGGUGGAAAGUCUCCAGACACAAACUACCUUUUUAUGGGAGACUAUGUUGACAGAGGUUACUAUUCUGUAGAAACUGUAUCUCUCCUAGUAACUUUAAAGGUACGAUAUCCAGAAAGAAUAACAAUUUUGCGAGGAAAUCAUGAGAGUAGACAGAUUACACAAGUUUAUGGAUUCUAUGAUGAAUGUUUAAGAAAAUAUGGGAAUGCAAAUGUUUGGAAAUAUUUCACAGAUCUUUUCGACUACUUGCCUCUGACUGCCCUUGUUGAUGGACAGAUAUUUUGUUUGCAUGGAGGAUUAUCUCCAUCAAUUGAUACCUUGGAUCAUAUCCGUGCUCUUGAUCGUCUGCAGGAGGUUCCACAUGAAGGACCUAUGUGUGACUUGUUAUGGUCUGAUCCUGAUGACCGUGGGGGCUGGGGCAUCUCUCCACGUGGUGCUGGAUACACUUUUGGACAAGAUAUAUCAGAGACUUUCAAUCAUACCAAUGGUUUAACUCUUGUUGCUAGAGCACACCAACUGGUUAUGGAAGGGUAUAACUGGUGUCAUGAUAGAAAUGUAGUUACGAUAUUCAGUGCUCCCAAUUAUUGUUACCGAUGUGGUAACCAAGCAGCACUUAUGGAACUUGAUGAUGCCCUGAAAUAUUCAUUCCUACAGUUUGAUCCUGCCCCACGACGUGGAGAACCACAUGUCACACGUCGUACUCCAGAUUACUUCCUAUAAGCAGUAUCUCUAUUAAUAUGGUGUGUUAUUUCAGUGGUAAUAAAAAUAAUGAAUAAUUUACAUGUGUUAGAAUAGAAAAGUCUUUCUCAUCCCUGCUCUGUGAUCAUAGUUUGGUAUAGAUAUUUGCAAUUUACAUGAACCAUUUCUCUGCUAUGUGUAUUUGUUUCCUCUCCUUUUGAAAUGUAUACUGGUAUCACAGAGAUUAUAUGUACAUGUAAAUGGGCUUCUUUUGUGAUUACAAAUUUAGUGUUGUGGGACAUUGGAUCAUCUAAAUGUGAGGAAAGGAUCCAUAUGUACGUGUGUGAAAUAGAUAAUAAUCACCACUGUUUGUUUCAUCACCUAGUAAUAAAUGCUUUACUGAACCAACUGGUAAAUUUUUCAUUAAAAGUAUUAGUUAGGAGCUCACAAAAUGAAACAUUUGAUCAAAUCUCAUUUUUGGAAUUUUUUUCAUUUUGUGUUUACUAGCCUUUUGUUCCUUCAAAUUAAAUAUUCUUUGAGUUGUUAAUAUCUUUACAAAUAAUGUUAGUGUUCUGCCUUAACCUUAAAUUUUAAUAAGAAUUGCCUUGCAAUGAGAAACCUUCCUGAUUCUGUUUGCAUACUGCUUAUUAUUCUUAGUGUGACAUUUUUGUACAAUCCAUUGAUGCUUUAAAUAUCUUUGAUGUUACAAAAAGUAUUCUAAUAUGUUUGUACUGUAGUCUGUUUUUAAAAGCUAUUUUAACUGAUAUAGUUGAUUUCACUACUGUGUCAGCUUUCAAAAAUGUAACAUCAUUUUAUUGCAGCUUCCAUUAUCUUCUGCUGUGUGUUGUAUUACUAUAAUAAUUGUAAUAAAAUGUUACAGUGAAAUAUUUAAAACUCGUGAUACAACCAACAUUUUUUUUUUCUGAUAGAGGUAGAUGGUUGAAAAAGUUAUUUUCCGUGUGAGAAAAUAUGUUCCAUACUAAGGUGUAUUACCAAUUUGCACUUGUAUUGAUUGCUAAAAGUAUCUUUGUUCAUAUUAUAAGUGUUUCUGUUACCAUACCUAAAAUCAUUGUUUACAUUAGCCAGGAUAGUUUUUACCGAAAGUAGUAUGAAGUUUUUAAAAUAAAAUUUAUAUCCUAAAUUAAACUGGAUAGAAAUGAUACAGUGCAAUUAUUAAUUUUAAUUUUGAAAAAUAAAGUAUUUUAGUGUAUAAACUGAAAUUUAGAAAUAUUUUUAUUAGACUAUUAAUGUCAGAAACUGUAAAAUAAUGUUCAAAUGAUAAACACUAAACUUUUAUUACUUAUUUUUUUUUUAUUUUUAGAAGCAUGGAUAUAACAAGAACUAUAAAUCACUGACAAAGUAUGUUCAUAUAUAUUAUUAAUGCAUGUAGAAAUAUCCCAGAACAAAUGAAGAUGAUUCUCUAGACAAACAUUUUGUUUGUAUGUGGUUUGUCUUUUUGUCACUUUUAAAACUACAAUUUUCGUUUUUAUAAAUAUGAUUUCUCAGAGCAAUGACUGGUGUAUAUAUGGGAAUCAAGUGCUUCUGAUUAUUUUUCAGUAAAUCUGCUUUUUAAAAGCAAUAUUUGUACAUCAGCAUUUAUAUCUCUAAGAUACAAAAUCAACAGUAAGUUAGAGAUACUUGUUUCUCUGAAGUAAGAGAUCACCAACAACAUCAUUGUUCUUUUUUGAUGAAACAUAUAUCAAGUUUUUUUUAAGAAAAUGGAACAUUUCUUACAUUGUUUCACCAGGUUUGUUAAAAUCUGUUAUCAGGUAACAACUAUAAGAUUUUUUUUUUUAAAGGAAGUAGAAGAUGGCUGAUAAUGUUGUUCUCUAAGGUUGUACGAAACCAUUUAUUACCUAUACACAGAUACUGCCAGCUUUUUUUUUGUUUUUUAUGACUGAAAUAAAAUAGUUUUGUCCAAAUAAUGUAGGAUUGUCAUGACUUGUUACCAACUUGAAACAGACUUAGCCCAUCGUAGGUUAGUUAAAAAUACUAAGUUAAGUUGUCAGGAUAAGUUAUCAGAUAAUAGUCUGAGUUAUUUAUUACUUUGAUGAAAGUAUGUAUAGCCUAAACAUGUUGUUCAGUAAUGUUAUCAUGAACUAUGAUUUGAACAUACCCAACAGUUUUUUUUAAUGAAGCAAAUGAAAUCUUUUACCAGCUGUUUCUAUUACGAUUAUAUAACCAGUGUGGGAGUUUUAUAUACCACUGCUUUUCACGUGCAGGAAAGUUUGAAUGUAAUGUUAAAUCUUGGGGUUUAUUAAAAAAUGCAAUCAUACAAACAAACUAGUUUUUUUGCAUAAAAAUACUUCUGGUUGGUUUAGUGAAUAUGAAAAACUGAAAAUAUACAAAGAACCAGGAACUGUUUGAAGAAAGAAGAAAUUUGUUUGUAUUUUAAGUUGCAUAGUUGAAUGGUGCGAGUAAAAAAAUCAGAGAUAAAAAUUAUGAAACAGUUUUUUGUUACAAAAAUGCUCACAUUAUUAAAAGCCUUAAAACAGCACACCAGUUAAAAUGCUUUCUUAAAUACACAUCAUAAAACAGCUAAACUCUAAAUUUGGUGUUCAUUUUAUUUUAUUCCCUGAUACACUUAUUUUAACUGGGUGAUAUUUUUGAAACAGUGUAGUAUCCGAGAUGUCUAGAAACAUAAACAGGGAUAUUGUCAGUCAGUGAGAGUUCUACAGUUUCAUGUAUAUUCACAAAACUCAAGGCAAAUGUAGUGGUUUCUGAGAUCAAUGUAUGUAUUACAAAUUGUUAUUUACAAUAAUAUUCAUCAAUACAUAACUAACUUGUGUAACGAGAGUCAAAACAGUUUUUUUAAUACAAAAGGGCUUAAACUGAUUUUACUUUGCUCCACAGUUUUAUCAUUUUCAUACAUAUGCACAGUGAACAGAUUUGUUGCUGUAUUGUCAUAUGUAUAUAUUAGAAAAUAUUGCAGUAUUAUGAGACAGAGGGGAGAUGAGUGGGGAAUUGCUCUUACUUUGUAAAUACAUUUUGCCUGUAUUAUAUUUUGACAUCAAAUAUGUAGUCUCAUUUUAAUUUCUUCAUUUUGAGCAAGGAGUAAUGCUUGGCCAUUGUGUUGUUGCCUUCAAACGUGGUUGCAUCAGUGUAGUCACCAAUAGCAAUUGUUGCACACGAUGGAAACAAUAAUUCUGUUGGGAAAGCUCCUAUAGAAAAACAAUGUGGAGUUAGGGCUGGCUUGAGAUAAAGGUGAAAUAUGGAUAUCUCUAUAAAAAUAUAUAUUCAAAAUAAGAGAAAUUGGAAUGGCAUUUUACAUAAUCUGCAGCCAACAUUUUACUUGUGGUACUGGUAGUAUGACUUGACUUUGCAAGCACUGCCGCUUUCCUAAGAGUAUGGUAUUAGUCACUCACAUGCCUAUACUGUGAAUAUUGUAAUUUCUUAGUUAUUUAUUCUCUGUAAGCUUCUCAGUGAGUAGGUCGUACACAGACUCUGAAAGACCAAAGAAACCAGUAAGAUUCACCAGCAGGUGUAACAGUAACUAAAUCUUAAAAAGUAUAACGUACUUCCUUAUUAGUCUAGGAGGAAAUUCUCAGAAGAGCCCAUCUUUCAAGAUUCAAUCGACACACUAAGGAAAACGUCCAACAUGAUUUUCCAUGUCAUUGUAAAGUCAAAAUGUGGUACAAGUUUUUUUCUGUGACAGAUUCGGGAUGUGGUAUACUAUGUUGCUGCAAAAUCAUAAUCUCACCCAUUUUUCUGUUAACCAUAAAACUGUAACUAAACAUUUUAUAAAUUUCAAAGGUUUUGCACCACAUUUUCUUAUAAUAUUAAUUUGAAGCCCGUAUUAUUAACCAGUCAGAAGCUGUGAUUGAAAAUAUAUGCAAAACCUAUUUUCAUCUUUCAACUUCAUUUAAAAACAUAUGGGUAUUUUAUAAAUAUAAGCAAAUUGUGAUUUAAUUUAAUUUUCAUCAAUACUUAUGUAACUUGUGUAAUGAGAGUCAAAGAAUUUUUUUAAAUAUAAAUGGGCUUGAACCAAUUUCAGUUUAUCAUUUUCAUAUGUACAGUCAACAGAUUUGUUGCUUAUUGUCAACUUAUAGCAAUGUGUAUUAUUCUUAAGUAAAAGCAAUCUGAUACAGAUAUAAGCACUACCUUGACCAUAAAACUAAUCAGACUGUUGAAUAGAAAUACUACUUCAAAAUAACCUAAGUACUAAUACUAUGAGUUGAUAGUAAACAAAGUGAUCCUUUAUAUUAAAUUGAUAAGUGUUGUGACACUUUGAAUUCCACUUAUUGUGUGCUCAGGCUAAAUGCUGACAUUAGCUUUGGAACUGAAACAUCUUGUGGUCAAGACGUGUUAAAUUUUAUACUGUAGUACAUGUUAUUGCAACUUUGUAUCAUUAUGGCUAAAAGCUGUUUCAUUUAUCUAGAAGUAAUGUGGUCUAUAAACAUGUAAGUAAAAAUGGCUAUAAUAAAAAUACAUCAUUAGUAACAUGCUGAACAUAUGUUAGACCAUAUUUCAGUUGAACCUGUGUGACAUGUAUUUAUCAAUUUCAUCAAGUUUAUUAUGUGAAGCUAUGACUGACUUUGUAUUGUACAUUCAGUUACUCUCCAAAAGGGUGCAUUCCUACUUUUGAUUACUAUAAAUAAGAAUACAGUAGUGUUUCCUAAACAUCUUAUAUUAAAUAAAAGUUAUACUUCAAGGUAGAACGUGUACAGAAUUGUUGACACUUCCAAGCAGAAUAAUUUUGUUCAAAUUUACUGAAAUAUAUUAGAUAUUUGCUGACAGUCAACUUAUUGCAAUAAUUUAAUAUAUAUAUAUAUGUACUUUCUUACAAGGUUUAAUAAAGUGUAUGAAGUUUGUAAGCUUUGUGGAUCUUUUUGUGCAAAAACAGGGAAUGAUGUUACACAGCUUCUGAUUGGAUGUUACUGAAUGAAACUACUCUUAAGUGAGAUAAUGAAAAACUGUCAUUUUUAGGCUUUUCUGAAAGCUGUAUGAUUUCAAGCUCACAGAAAAAAAAAAAUGCUACCACAAUUUGUGUUUACAACUUGCUUCAAAUCUUUAGGGGGGGGGGGGGGUCUUCUCUCACAUAAAAUCAAAUCAGGCCAUUUAAUUAAAGGUUGUUGAACAAAGUUUAAUAACCCAGCUCAUUCCUCCUGGACUAUAUGUUCAGCAAAAAAACAUUUGAAUCUAGGAUUUUGACUUCAUACAUUUUUCAUAAUUCUGUUAAUUAGAGAAACUGCAUAUAAAGUGAAGUUUUUAAUUACUUAGCUGGUAGGAAAAGGAUUUUUCUAGUUAUAAGUUAAUCCUUUUAACUAGCAUUUGAUGUUUAUGUCUCAAACAGAUAGUAAAAAGUGAAUUUCUUUAAGGUUCCAGAUACUAGUUGAAAAACUAGCUAGAACUGAAGGAUUCUUUCCUUAUCAAUCAACCUCCUUAAAUCAGAAAUUGCUAAAACAUAAAAUUCUGUAUGGACCAAUUUAAAGUUGUGUUCAUUAUAAUCUUGUUCCUAUUAGUUAUUUUUCCUUGGGAAAAUAAGUUCUAGGAUGUAAUAAUGCCUAUGAAUCAAUUUCAUGUGAAAUGGGUUAGUCCGACAUGAUUUUUGGACCUAGUUCGUGGUGAAUACCAGUUGAUAAUUACUUAUAAUGAUGAAUAUAAGUUAAUAUUUAGUGAAUUAUAAAGUUCUUGUAAUAACUUAAAAUGUAGUAUACAUUUUUAAAUCAUGAGGUUUGUAGUGUUGUUACAGCUUGAAAAAUUUGCUAAUAUUAACCACAGUUUUGUAACUGGAUAAUGGCGUAGGCACAUCUUUGGAAAAUAAUGAAGUAUUCAAGAUAAGACCAGCUGUUUGAUUAAAAGGAAUUAAAAAAGAAAGUGAAGUGGUCAAUAUAUUACUAGCUUUGUGUUUACAAAGAAGUUGAGAACUGCUGCUUAUCUUGACUGUGUUAUUUAUUAGAGGAACCACUAAAUCAAGUCUUUAUUUAAGAGUAAAUUGACUAUAAUUAAACAUUCUAUGCAAAUAAGUAUAGAAAACAAUUAUAUUGAAGGCCAUAUUUUGUGUGUGUGUGUUAACUGGUAUGUCAUACUAAAGCAUGACGAAUGGUAUGGUAAGAUCAAACUCAUUAUCAACCAUUAAAAUGCUU